CCGAUGAGGGUAGAGUUGACGAUGCUAGGCUGACACAUUCGAGAUCACCCGCGCAUGUUUCAGGCCCUACAACCGGGAGAUGAGAGACGGCUUCGUGCCGAAGUAAGAGCUCGUGCUCUCGCAGCAGCCAAAGAUACAGCACUAGUUGCAAGUCGGGUGUUGGCAGCCGCAAACACCGCAGCUAGGGAACAGGCUGCAGCAGCAGCCAGAGCAGCAGCAAUGGCUACCACAGCAGCAUCCUUUGCUGCAUCCUCGUCUGGGACCCAGUUGGGGAUGCCCCCAGGGUCCACGGGUACUUACGGGUCAGUAGGUUCCGGUCAGUCCACAAGUCAAAUGGCGGGCUCGCAGUUCAGCCCGUUGACCCCACGCGGGAGGGAGCUUCAAGAGCUCCAGCAAGUCGAGAGGAUCCGCGCACGGUUAGAGAGGGAACUGAAACAAGCAACCAAUAGAGAAAAGGAGAUCAAAAAUGAAACAGCCAAGCUUGAUACGUUAGAGGCAGACAAAGCUGCAUUAGAGGGUUUGGAUGAGUCAGCUAUGUCUGACCAAAUGAAAGUGUUGAAGGCCAGCAUACUGUCGCUGCAUGCGCACGUGGACAGCAGGCUGGACUUCAUGCAGAACUCUUUGGACCAAAUCUUGGACCUUUUGCAAAGGCCAGGAUUACGGCCAGCAGCACAGUCGCCGUUGCCGUUAACGGCGAUGUCAGGCCCCUUUCCGGUACAAGCUAGCACACAGGCAAGUGCUAAGGCCAGUAGCUUAAUAGAAACCUAUGGCUGCUUGUGCGCAUCAACGUUCUAUAAUUAUUAUAAACAGAACCAAGAGGAGGGUAUGCACCUAGUGUAUGUCUCUGAGAAAGGGGAGGCCGUUAAAACACCCCCAGAGAUAGAACACGUCGUUGCUAAGUUCCAUGAUUUGUUCACAGAGCCCACAAGAGUCGUAGAAAGGGAGAUUGUCCACGCCAUAGAAAUUAUUCCAGGGAGUAAAACCCCAACGGGAAGGAUCUAUAGGAUGGCUCCGGCCGAGUUGGACAAACUUCGGCGACAACUGAAAGAGCUGUCAGAAAAGGGAUGGAUACGGCCGAGUACUUCCCCCUUCGGAUCUCCAGUGCUAUUUGUACCGAAGAAGGGGGGUACAUUGAGGAUGUGCAUUGAUUACARAGGCCUCAAUGCCAUCACAGUGAAAAACGCAGAGCCUCUACCUCACAUAGACGACCUAUUGGAUAGGGUGCAGGGAUGUAAGUACUAUAGCAAGAUAGACUUAAAGUCUGGUUACCACCAAAUUGCUAUAAGACCUGAGGAUCAACACAAGACUACUUUUCAGACCCGAUACGAUCUAUAUGAGUUUGUAGUGAUGCCCUUUGGCCUUUGCAAUGCGCCGGGUACAUUCCAGCACGCCAUGAGUAGGAUCUUCCAUGACUACUUAGAUAAGUUUGUCGUCGUGUACCGUGAUGAUAUUCUUAUCUUUACUAAGUUUGUCGAGGAGCAUGCACAACAUGUUGAGACUGUAUUUUCACUCUUGCGACAACCCAAGUAUAAGGUCAACCUAGAGAAAUGUGAGUUUGGAUGCACUAGGAUUUUGUACUUGGGUCAUGAAGUAUCCGCGGAAGGGAUUAGGCCGAAAGAUGCGAAGGUGGCUAGUAUCAGAAACUGGCCACGACCUCAGACUGUUACUGAGGUCAUAUCUUUCUUAGGGAUGUGCGACUACUAUAGGAACUUUGUGAAGAACUAUUCCACAGUCGCCUCUCCUUUGACUGAUCUAACUCGACUUGACACACCUUGGGACUGGAGUGAUGAAUGCGAGGCUGCUUUCAAACGAUUGAAGCAUGCACUCAUGAAUCAUGAGGUUCUCAUGGUGCCCGAUCCUCAGAAGCCUUUCAUUGUGACCACUGACGCAAGCCAAUAUGGCAUUGGCGCAGUGCUGGCUCGGCAGGAUGGGAAGAAGUUGAGACCGAUUGAGUACAUGAGCAAGAAAAUGCCAUCAAAGAAACUGGCGAAGUCCACCUACGAAAGGGAACUCUAUGCUCUCUACAAGGCAGUUGUCCAUUGGAGGCACUUUCUGUUGGGACAAUUCUUCUAUUUGAGAACUGACCAUCAGACCCUUAAAUGGAUCAAGACUCAACCGACUCUUUUUGAUGCACUCAAGCGCUGGAUUGAGGUCAUAGAUCAGUAUGACUUCAAGCUAGAGUAUCUAAAGGGAGAGUAUAACAAGGUUGCAGAUGCGCUGUCACAUAGGGCAGACUACCUAGGGGCACUAGUUUCAGAGUUUGGUGUAUCUGAGGAAGUAACUCAAUCACUGGUGGGAGCCUAUCAGGAAGACCCUGUCACGAUGGACAUCAUACGCAAACUUUAGGCAAAAGAUAAGGCCGCAGAAGAUGAGUUUGUGAUGGUGGACGGGUUACUCUUUCUUGAGAAGGCUGGGUGUAAAAGAUUAGUGGUACCAUC